GCCAACCUGGCGCUGUGGCUCUCCAUGAUCGGCCUGUCCCAGUACUACAAGGUGCUGGUAGAGAACGGCUAUGAGAACAUCGACUUCAUCACGGACAUCACGUGGGAGGACCUGCAGGAGAUCGGCAUCACCAAGCUGGGCCACCAGAAGAAGCUGAUGCUGGCAGUGAAGAAGCUGGCAGAGCUGCAGCGGGCCGAGUUUGGCAAGUACGAGUCGGGGACGCUGAAGAAGAAGGCGCCGCCACCGUCGCAGGAGGUGUUGGCCAUCGAGUCGCCGCCGCCGGAGCCGCCCGAGUGCCAGUCGCCCAAGAUGACCCCCUUCCAGGACAGCGAGCUCAGCAACGAGCUGCAGGUGGCCAUGACGGGCGAGGGCCCCGAGGAGCCGCCCGAGAAGCAGCCCAACCACGUGGCCCACGUGCGGGAGGCCAAAUGUGUGCAUGUGCAUGUCUCCGGCGCUGAGGCCAAGGGCACCGUGAGCAUCCUGGACGACAGCGGCAGCAUGUUCGACGACCUGGCCGACCAGCUGGACGCCAUGCUGGAGGGAGGGGCGCGGGCCCCGGCCAACCUCAGGGCUCACGGGGGCACCAGGGCGCUCCGGUCUUGA